AUGAGCUACAGGCCUUUUCAUGGCCAGGGCCAGGGCCAGCAGGGCUCCCAGCAGCCGCUGCCAGUGCCCGGGAUGAAUCCGCCUUCAUCGUAUUUACCAAAUGGCUAUCAACAGUUUACAAGCCCUCAACAGCAGCAGCAACAAUACUACUCGAUGUCCUCGCAACAAGGGCAGCAACAACAGCAGCAACAGGCGUACCUUCAGCAGCAGCAGAUGGCGCAGUAUGGUGGCAUGCAGGCGGCUUACCAAGGAUAUGAUGCAACGGGGCAACCAUAUGGAAAUCAUCAGCUGCAGCCAGCUGCAGCGCAAUACGCUCCUCCGUCGAAUGUAUGGCAGCAUCAGCAGUCACCGGGCGGGCAGAAUAUGAUGUAUCAGCAGCAGUUCCAGCAGCAACAGCACCAGCAACAACAGCACCAGCAGCAGAUGUAUCAGAGGCACGUCGCGUCACCGCAGCAGCAGGUUCAACAAAGGCGGCCUAGCCAACAUAUCCCUUCACCCCAGCAAAGAACACCAUCCAUAUCGCAGACCCAAGGCUACAGGCUUCCGCAGCCUCAGGCGCAAGCGCAGCAGCAAAACCACCACCCUCAAUAUUCACAGCACACGCCGCAGCAACAAUACCAGCAACAGUCCCAACAACAACAACAACAACAACAACAACAACAACAACAACAACCUCAUAUCCAACAACAGCCGCAAACUGCGAUCCUUCAACCUUCACCUCAGCCCACUCAAAGACAAAUUUCCUCGCCGGUUCAGCCAUACGUGCUGCAGGAAACGCAACAUAACCAACAACCCCGCCAAGACUUUCAGCGACAGCAGCAACAAACAAUUCAGCAAGCUGCGCAAAAGCCAGUACAAGAACCAGUCGCCGAGAUCAAAGGUGAAAAUAAUCCUGAGCCUGCGCCAUAUCAGCCUAUCCAAGUUGAGCCGGAGCAACUGCAUUUUGUGAACUUGCAGGACAUCCAGAAAUUGCCCUCACAUCCUCCAGUUGCUAUGGGACAGAAACAAAGCACUGUUGCUCCUGCUCCGCAGCCCGAACAGCCCAGGAAUUGGCCUUCCCAAAAUGACGCCAGCACCAUCAACCCAUCCGAUAUUAUGCUGAGCAGCCCCCAGGCUCAACCUCUUCCACCCCAGGCUCAACCCCAACCUCAACCACGACGGCAAUCUACGCCUCAACAGUAUCCGCAGCAACAGCAGCAACAACCAGCGCAAGUGCAAGUGCAAGUGCAACCACAAAUGAAGACUCCUCGAAUAAAACCAAGCCCGCUUUCUUCUGUCGCCAACUCUCCUGCGAUUAGCGCUCGCUCUCCGAGUAUCACCAAGAAGUCGCCGGCUACUACCCCUAAAGCUCGGCCUGUAGACACCGUGCAUGUCAUGGUUUCAAUAGCAGAAGAGUGCUUUGAUAAAGCUCGUGGCUCUGUACACGAUGUUGCCAUGUCUAUGAACAGUACGCGCAUAGACGAGUAUCAAAAUUUGAUCUCGACGGGCCUAGCAUGUUUAGAGGCGUGUCUGCAAAGUAAUCGGUUGUCUCCCCGUCAAGAAGCCAAGAUGCGCUUGAGAUAUGCGACUAUUUUACUAGAAGAGACAGAGAAUUCUAUGGAAGCUGAGACCGCCAUUACGAAAGGCAUUUCACUUUGCGAAAAAAAUGGUUUGGCCGACCUCAAAUACUGCAUGCACUAUAUUAGGUUGAAGCUCUUGUUCCAGCGGAACCACAAAGCCGCUUUGAAUGCGGCUGACAGACAGAUUGCUGACUGUGAAACCUAUAAGCAUCCCCAUUGGGUAUAUGCAUUCAGACUACUGAAGGCCGCUUUCUACAUGGAGCUUGACCGGACAGCUGAUGCUAGUGCUCUUGAGAACAUUCGCUCCGUCCAAGUCACUGCAAGCAACCGCGGCGACAACGCGGUGAGCGUGUUCGCCUCCAUUCUCGAAGGCUUCGCUCUCCUGAAAGCUUCCAAGGACGGCAAUCUUGAAAAGGUCCAGGCAUGCCUUGCGCAGGUGGCCAAAUUUCAGUUUGACGAAUCGGUUCACAUAAUGCAACUCGAUGUACUCACGUUGCUCCUGGAUCUAGUUUCCAGUAUCAAUCAUUCUAAUUUGGAGUUGACGUUGCAAAAGCUCAAGAUGCUGCAAGACCGUAUGGAUGGGUGUCAGGAUUGGCACACUGUCAAGUCCGAUUUCCUGAUCCCGGUCAAGAUGCAACCUUCUACAGGGCAUACAAUCAGCAGCGACACAGCUGGUAUUAUUCGAAGCGGAGGUGAUGCGCCAGUGAAUUAUUUGGUUAUGACGUUCAUGACCAAGAUGGAACUGACUUCUCUUAUCUUCACCUUUACGGGUCUGGUAAACAUGCACAAGUCAAGUGCGCAUGGUCGUCGGACAGCGGAAUUCUGGCAAGAAGGUGUCAGAGUUCUUGAUACCUGGGAUAACACAACUGUUGGAAUCCCAUAUGGACCAUCGACUUCCUUGCAGGACGCCAUUUCACAACGCGAAUGGCGAUUAGAGGCUCAGUGCUACCUCAACGUUCUACUCGGUCUUUACGCAGCCAGUCACUGUCAAUGGGACUCAGUUAAACAAUAUAUAGGGAAACUCGAGGCUCUUGUAACAUCAUCUUCACAGGGUAUCUUGCGACUACUCGCUUGCUAUCUAUCCGCUAUCUACCAGCAGGCCAUGGGAAACUUGAGGUUGGCUAUGGAACUUUUCCAGGGUCCCCAGUUCGACCUCGACCAGCGUGGAACCGGAGUUAAAGCUGCGCAUCGCGAAUUGGCUAUGCUAGCUGGUCUUAACAGACUUUGGAUCAUGCAGCAUCCUUCAGAGAGAAACGACCCGGAAACGCUUGAUCUGAUAGAUCGGUUACACCCGCUGUGUGCCAACCAUCACAAUGUCGAUUUGCGGACAGCUUGGCACAAUGUCAUGGCCGCUAUCGUCACAGAGCCAUCACAGCAACUCAACCACCAGAAACAGCAUAUACAAGCCGCCAUGGCCGGAUCCAAAUCCACUAACAACGUUUUGGGGGCUGCCGUCACACUGGCUAUCAUGCGCAGUCGGCUGUUUGAGAAUGUCAUUGGCGAGCAAGCGCUCAAAUCUGCCAUGGCGGCAGCCAAGCAGGCACAGCGUAGCGGAAAUGUUUUGUGGCAGAGUGUAGCAGACGGCAUGCUGGCUCAGUCGUACGAAGUACAAGGCCAUCGUCAGCAAGCAGCGUAUGAAAGAGAAAAGGCCACAAGGGAAGCGCAGGAGGCAUUCUCGGGAUUCUCGGGAUCUUGA